GGUUCUAUUUAUUCCUUGUUUGGAAUUUGAAAAAUAUAAUCUCAGUCUCUGCUGCUAAACCCUAAAGACCUUCAAAAUUCACCCCUUCCAAGAUCUUGGGUUGCUUUUUUUUGUUUUUCUUAAAGUUGGUGAAGAAGAAAGCUGUUAAAGACUGCAAUGAGCACGGUACGCAGUUGUUCAGGUCGAAACCCAGAUCAUUGUGCUGCUGGUUCGAUUGAGGAAAAGGAUGCUAUGAGAGUUUGGCUGGAAUUGAAACAAAAUGGAUUUCUCUCACCUUCGCCAUUGCCUCUGUCUGCCUCAAAGCCAAAGCCUGCUACGAUGCCAAAUAAGAAGCGAGAGAGACACAGAAAUGCUGGGUUUAGUGAAAAACCAGAGCUUGCGAAGGUGCGGCGAGUUGAUGGGUUGACUCAGGUUGCUGCGUCUGCUUCUGGAUUGCUCAAGAAAAUUAAUCCAGGGACUACACCUUCUGUUGGCAUGCUGCCAACGCCCAAAAAGCACAGUGAGAUGCGUAGGAUUGGUGGACCAAAGGGACCGUUGAAGGUUUUAAAGGUAGAACCGACUGACUUGUACUCUCGGAACUCUCCACCAUGUGGGUUGCUUAAUGAGUUCAACCCAGGGAUCAUAAAUCGGAUACGAAGCAGUAAACAGGUAUUUUCAGUGAUUCGGGAUUUUGUUAGAAGAGAUACAUUAGGAAAUAUUGACAUCCCAAGUAAGCAGGAUAAGAGAUCAGGUGAAAAUGAUGUGAUUGGAUGCCCAAAUAGUUCGUCAGGAAGUGACCAACUGGGAUUAUGUUCAAAGGGCCCAAGUGACCAUUUGUGUGUGAUAACAGAAUACGAUGAAGAGGUUGGUGAUGUGGGAGUAGCUGUGAGAAGGGCAGACAAUGAAGAUGACAAAGAUGAAUUGAAGUCAUCCCUAUCUUCAGUUACAGCAUCUGAAAAUGCAAGUAGUUCUGUUCUUGAUGAGGUGUCAUCAAGCACAGCAAGGGGUUCUUCUCUUUCUCUAGAAGAUGCUACUGCAGCUUCUCAAUGGUUGCAAUGUCUUCGCCACAACAUCACAAGGCAUCUUGAAGCAUCGAUGCAUGGUAGAACGAGGAUUCAAAAUGCAAUCCCGAGAGAAUUGCCUGCCCUCAUGCUCAAAGAAUUUUCAGUUGACCAAGAAACUGAUUUCUUGGCUGCCAAAAGGUUUGUUUCUUUAAACAUGGAUGUCCAUAAAGCAAAGUGGAUUAAUCAGUUUGAUCGGAUGGAUAAGACACCCAAUGAAGAGGCAGAUCGACUGGUCGGUAAUUAAGCAUGUCACUGGAGUUCC